CGAAACAUAACAACAUUGGCCUGAAGAUCGUGUGUACCAUCAACCUAACACACACCAGAGACAGCUGACAGUACUCCCACACUGUCCACUCAUACACACAACUGGUACUUUUCAGAUCAGUAUAAAGACGAUCUGUGUCCCUGAACGUAGAAAUACUUUAUCCAGUCGAGCAACUUCGAAAAAUUCAUGAAACGUAAAUAACUCGUACGUAUAUAUUGGGUAAAAGUGUUAGUUAAUAAACUAUCCUAAUUAGAGAAACUAAACGAGUUAACGAAGAGAUGAAAAUAAUACACAGGAAUAUACGAUGUGUAGUGUUCAAAUCCUGAAUAUAUGUUUAGUGUUAACUUUAGCGAGUCAGUUGUCCCCAGGAUGGAGAAGGUGAUGGAGGCAGCUGGCGCACCUCCUCACACAGCGGGACCACUGACCAUCAUCAUCCCUCUACUCGCUAACCUUACCGCCACCGCCGACUUGGACUACGAUUGGGACUACCACAAUGUCACCGCCAACACCACCACACAAGACUCCUUCAACUCGUCAACUGCUGACGAGUACUGCAGCACGGAGGAGUGGGAUGACUUCCGGCACAGUUACCAGGCAGUGCACGGCUGUAUGUCACUGGUGGUGUGCGUCUUCGGCUCCGUGGCUAACGUGAUCAACAUGGUGGUGCUCACCAGGAGGUCGAUGGUGUCGCCCACCAACGCCAUCUUGACAGGUCUGGCAGUGACGGACCUGCUGGUGAUGGUGGAGUACAUCCCCUACACCAUGCACCAGUACGUGUGGCAGGGCCGCUCGCUGGCCUCACAGUACUCUUGGGGCUGGGCCGUCUUCGUCCUCUUCCACGCUCACUUCACUCACGUAUUCCACACCAUCUCCAUCUGGCUCACCGUCACGCUGGCCGUCUGGCGCUACAUCGCCAUCGCCUUCCCCCAGAACAACACUACGUGGUGCUCCAUGCAGCGUACACACACAGUGAUCGUGGCCGCCUUCUUCUGCUCCGUCAUCUGCAACAUCCCCAGUUACCUCAACUUUACAAUCAGCCAGGCGGAACACGAGGGACAAACACUAUAUAUUGUCGGCUUCAGUCACUUAGCGCUGGCUCACGGUGGGUUCCUUAAGAGCAUUAAUUUCUGGAUCUAUGCUGUCAUGCUCAAGUUGUUGCCGUGUAGCGCUCUUACCGGCCUCUCUUUUGCUCUCAUCCAGGAACUAUUACGGGCAGGCCGGCGACGUGCCCAGCUCAUGAAAAGGAAUUCAUCAGGCCGCGCCGCUGACGCCGAGCGACAAGCUGACAGGGUCACAAUAAUGCUACUGGCUAUUCUUGUGUUGUUUCUCGCCUCUGAGGUACCACAGGGCAUCCUUGGCUUUCUGACUGUCAUCCCGGACUCUGGGUUCUUCCCUUGCUACCAGAAGCUCGGGGAGAUCAUGGACAUGUUGGUGCUCUUUAACAGCGCCAUAAACUUCCUGUUGUACUGCGCCAUGAGCAAACAGUUCAGAGACACUUUCAGUGAGCUCUUCAAGUCGUGUUGUGUACAGUGGCUGGCCAUCCGUGCACCGCGACUCCCUCCAUGCUGGAAGGCUGUGCCCGCGGAUGCUCCACCAAUAGAAGUUAACAACACCUGCAUCACACAUGUCUGAGCAAUAGUGUUAGAUCAAUAGAAACAAUAGAACACAUGUUUGAGCAUCUGGUGCAGGUGUUCCUCACACCUGUACAGAGUGUUUGAGGAGCGUUAGUAUACUGACUCAGCGUCUGAAUCUUAAAUAUUUACUUAAGAAAGGAAAAUCCUUGAUGGAGAUGAAGUAUAAUGAAAAACGUGAAAAUUUGGAGUGUAAGAGCAAGAGACUUUGUUAAAUGAAGGUUUUUCAACUGUCGUGACAAAGAGACAGUGAGAGUCGAGGCAACACACUCUCUCACAUUCCCGAGUGUGAGACAGUGUGAUGGUGAGAGCAAACCCAUUAAGUACCACUGACUCAGGUCUGUGUUAUAACGGAACCCAUGAGUAACUCUGACGUCACUAAUAACAAACACCAUAAAUCAGUAAGAUAGUUUACUACCUGCCUGGAUCACCUGAAGAUCACACACCCCAGCAUACUCCAUCUGAUUGUUAAACACCGUAACACUAACCUAACCUAACCUGGCCUAACUUUCAGGUGAUCCGUUUUCACAAUGUAUUAAACUGAUUUCUUGUGUAGUGUUGUGGUGUCAGUGCCACACAUGAGGACCCAGUGUGUUACUGAAUGCCAGUGCCAUAUGUGUGUUGCAGUCGUGGUCAUGUAGCCUACAGGACACUCGACCACUCACCGUCGUGCUGUAGAAGGCUAAGUUAGACUCCUCUCUUGUACGUAGUGAGUCAAAACAGCUCAGAGGACUACACAGGGAGCCACAUGGAGUCACAUCACAAAGUUCUACACACUAGUUUGUGAAGUAACAGGAAAUAUUAUCAUCGUAACCUGAUCACUUAUAUAUAUAUAUAUAUAUAUAUAUAUAUAU